GGCCGGAGGCCCGGGGCGGCGCGGCCCUUCCCGCGGCUCCGGGGCUGCGCGGCGGCGGCAGGGGCGGGGGCGCGAGGCUGCAGCUGCGGCGGCCGCCGUCGCCUUUGUUGCGGGCCCGCCUGGUGGCAGGCGGCGCCGGCUCCGGCCGCCCGGCAGAGAUGGAUUCCACAGCCUACGCUCUCAACUUGACCCUGAAAGAAGAAGAAGAGGAAGAAGAGAUUCAGAGUCGGGAACUGGAGGAUGGCCCCACAGAUAUGCAGAAAGUCCGGAUCUGCUCAGAAGGUGGUUGGGCUCUGGAUUCGGCCUUGGGGAAUAGCUUUGAAAGCAGUAACCCUGAAACCCCGGCCCAGUGAUUUCUUACCACCGAAUAUGAUGAACUUCAGAGUGGGAUUUUUCAUGACUGAAAGAAACGACAUGGCAAAAAGAAGAGCAGAGUCGAGUAAACAAGAGGAGGUGCCGGCCCUAUUCGAUGAGGUGGCCAUAUAUUUUUCCGAUGAGGAGUGGGAAGUUUUGACGGAGCAACAAAAGGCCCUCUACCGGGAAGUCAUGAGGAUGAAUUAUGAAACUGUCCUGUCCCUGGAAUUCCCAUUCCCUAAGCCAGACAUGAUCACUCGGUUGGAAGGUGACGAGGAGUCUCAGAAUUCUGAUGAAUGGCAGCUCCAAGGAGGAACCUUGGCAGAAAAUGAAGAGACUGACGUCAAGCCCCCGGACUGGGCGGGUCCGAUGAACGCCACCCCCCACUUUCCUCAGCCACAGCACCUGGACGGCUUUGGCCUCCGCCUGCCUCGGGACCUCACGGAGCUGCCCGAGUGGAGUGAGGGGUACCCCUUCUACAUGGCCAUGGGCUUCCCGGGGUACGACCUCUCGGCGGACGAUAUUGCCGGGAAGUUUCAGUUCAGCAGGGGCAUGCGGCGCAGUUACGACGCGGGGUUCAAGCUCAUGGUGGUGGAAUAUGCUGAGAGCACCAACAACUGCCAGGCUGCCAAGCAGUUUGGAGUGCUGGAAAAGAACGUUCGGGACUGGCGCAAAGUGAAGCCGCAGCUGCAGAAUGCCCACGCCAUGCGGCGGGCGUUCCGCGGCCCCAAGAACGGGCGCUUUGCCCUGGUGGACCAGCGCGUGGCCGAGUACGUCAGGUACAUGCAGGCCAAAGGGGACCCUAUCACCAGGGAGGCCAUGCAGCUGAAAGCCCUCGAGAUCGCCCAGGAAAUGAACAUUCCGGAGAAGGGGUUCAAAGCCAGCUUGGGUUGGUGUCGAAGAAUGAUGCGGAGGUAUGACUUGUCCCUGCGGCAUAAGGUGCCGGUGCCCCAGCAGCUGCCCGAAGACCUGACGGAGAAGCUCGUCACCUACCAGCGGAGCGUGCUGGCCCUGCGCAGGGCGCACGACUACCAGGUGGCGCAGAUGGGGAACGCCGACGAGACGCCCAUCUGUCUAGAGGUGCCCUCGCGGGUGACCGUGGACAACCAGGGCGAGAAGCCCGUCUUGGUCAAGACGCCGGGCAGGGAGAAGCUGAAAAUCACGGCAAUGCUGGGUGUCUUGGCAGACGGGAGGAAGCUGCCCCCGUACAUCAUCUUGAGGGGCACGUACAUCCCCCCCGGGAAGUUCCCCAGCGGGAUGGAGAUCCGCUGCCACCGGUACGGGUGGAUGACGGAGGACUUGAUGCAGGACUGGUUGGAAGUGGUGUGGCGUCGGAGGACCGGCGCGGCGCCCAAGCAGCGAGGGAUGCUGAUCCUGAACGGCUUCCGCGGCCACGCCACGGAUUCCGUGAAGAGCUCCAUGGAGAGCAUGAACACCGACAUGGUCAUCAUCCCCGGAGGCCUGACCUCGCAGCUGCAGGUGCUGGACGUGGUGGUCUACAAGCCGCUCAAUGACAGCGUCCGGGCCCAGUACUCUAACUGGCUCCUGGCCGGGAACCUGGCGCUGAGCCCCACCGGGAACGCCAAGAAGCCGCCCCUGGGCCUCUUCCUGGAGUGGGUCAUGGUCGCGUGGAACAGCAUCUCCAGCGAAUCCAUCGUCCAGGGCUUCAAGAAGUGCCACAUCUCCAGCAAUCUGGAAGACGAAGACGACGUCCUGUGGGAGAUCGAGAGCGAGCUGCCGGGAGGAGGGGAGGGACCCAGAGAAUGCGAUACCGAGAGCGCGCCAGAGGGCAACUGACCGCGGAGGGGAGAGCCCAGCAAUUGGAACUGUUUGAAACAGGUGAGAGGAAAAUCCUCAAGAAGAUUCCUCAAAGUGUGGACGCACAGGGAGCAGCAGAAGGCCGGGGGGGCUGGAACAACCCCAUGUCUGGACUGUGCACCCUGUCCUGUGACAUAGCCCACCCCCGCCCCACAUCCACGUGUCAGAAAAGUCUAGGACCCUUGAUUUCAGCAGAGAACAUGAUUAGGGAAGAAACUGCUUCUGCCCCAUUUUUUGUUUUAGAGAUUAAUCCAUGUGUCCAUCAAAAGAAACCUGUAAAUAUGAAUGAACAAAGGUAUUUGUUCCUGGAGAAGAGACCGUUUGUUCAACACCAACAGGAGACUCCUAUGGGCCCAAUUCCACUGAUGUCCUCUCUGUGGAGAAAACCUCAAGUAAAUGUUUUCUUUUGCCUUUAAAAAUGCUUCCAAGAGUAGAACCUGUCCCCACACAGGUCAAGACUGCAAAGAAGGCUUUGUAGAAACAAGUCCCAUACGUACACCUGCUACUUACACAUUUCCUCUUUUGGAAAAAUGAGAUACUAAUGAUAAAAUUCAGGCAUACUGGCCUGGUGCCAGCAGAUGGCUUUUCCACAGACGAACUAGGUUAGAGUGGAAGAUGCAGGUUAGGAAACUAUGCUGUUGUAUUUCUCUUCCCAAUCUCGUUGGCAGCUAGAAUUUUUUAGGGUCUUUGGUGGCCCUCUGUGUCAUAUUUAAUGAUGGGGCAGCAUUUAGUAUACAAGCUCUUCUGUUUCUCAGGCUGCCUGCAGAAGAAGUCACUAUAAAUUAUCUGCUAUCUACAUGGUACAAGGCUCAUUGACUCAUCGGAUACUUGUUGGUUUCUUUAGUAUUUUGAUCACAAGGGUAUGAGAGGACGUGGGCCUUUAGCCACAGCUGUUUCAAGACUUCUAAUCUCCUUCUGCCCUGCGGGAAUAGAUGGGAGGUCUUUGAAUUUUUACAUUCUAGUAAUUUGCAUUCCCACCUAAGUUGAGUGUCACGAAAACAUUCCGAGCUAUCUAUGCUACAAAAAAAUAUGCCGGGACCUUCUGGACAAAGCCAUUGCCAGAAAUGUCAUUCCAAUGUCUGAUCUGAAUAACAGGCUACCAUAACCACUUUUCCUUCUGGUAGACUCUGCUCAUUUAUAUACUAUACUGUUCUUGGCAUCCUGAAACACCUAUUUCUACUCAGGUACUCAUUUUCCUAUUAGUGACUCACCUUUGUCAUUUGUUUAAAACCAGUUUUCCUCCAAGGUAGGAAACUUCACUUAGUUUCUGGUAUAUCUGAAUAACUUUGAAUAUUGGAAUUGUUCCCCAUUUGCUUUCACCUGUACUGUAUUAUUUGUUGUCUCAAAUGGCAUCUAAAUACAGCUAUUUUCCAUUCCAGAAGUUUCCAUUCCCUCUACUUCCACUUAAUUUAUCCUCCACUACCCUGGUCCCUGGCCCUUUCCUCUUUAUGUCCUGUUUUACUUGCUUUGGGAGCCUAAAUGAUUUUAUAAGAUCUAAUUUUGGGUUCUUGCAUUGGAGCCAUAGUUUUCUUGCAGAGAAGAGUAGAAAAUGGGUUCAACUCCUAUUUCAUUCCACCAACAUCUUCUUGAGUCUCAUCUUCAGCUGAUAGAUGAUGCCUUACAGGUUGCAUAGCACUGGAACUUUCCUAGAGUAAUGGCUCUACUGUCAGGGUUUUUCUGGGCUCAUUCUUCCACUGAAUUAUGAUCUAUGCUUAACAGAGUCCCAGUACAACUAUUUUGCAGAAAGGCUAUUACCCUAGAAUUACUAUAGCACAUAUUGAGACAUAGUUGUACUCCCUGGUAGAUAGAAAAUUGACCCCAACAAUAAACUUUGAUAAUAAAGACAA